GACCUUCUGGUCUUCCAAAUCAUGCGUGCCUCACCGAUCAACACAAUGGCCCCCCAACUUCUACAAUUCCGCCAGCUAUGGCGGUAUCCGAUAAAAGCGGUAACUCUGACGGUAGUGCUGACCACCACGGCGAUGCUAAAUCUGGUGGCGGCAGACCCACAAACCAAUCUUCUAAACAAGGGGUGCAGCCAGUACAACGCAACAAACCUCUCCAACUUCUACACUAACUUAAAUGACACAUUUUUCCAACUCCGGAGCCAGCUGUCUGGGGUGAACACCAAGUUUGCCACUGGACAGCUGGCCAAGGGUUCGGACCCGGUUUACGCCAUGGCUCAGUGCAGGGACUAUCUCUCUACGACGGACUGCGUGGCGUGCUUUGAUGUGGCGGUGGUUUUGAUACGGAACUGCACGGGUGCUAACGGCGCUAGAGUAAUUUAUGAUGGGUGCUUCCUCAGGUAUGAAAGCAGCACUUUCUACAACCAGACCACUCUCCCUGGGAAUAUGGGCAUAUGCGGCAACGACACCGCAGCUCAGCCCACGGCUUUCCAGACAGCCGCGCAAGGACUACUAACGGAUCUCGAAACGGCAACACCCAGGAUUAAUGGCUACUUCGCAGCGGCAACGAGGGAGGUGUCCGGUGGUGGCGGCACCGUCUACGCAGUGACACAGUGUGCUCAAAGUGUGAGUGAGAGUGGUUGCCUGGGUUGCUUGCAGGUGGCGUAUGGGAAUAUACAGAGUUGCCCUCCUGAUACAGAUGGGAGGGCUGUUGAUGCUGGGUGUUUCUUUAGGUACUCGGACACUGCCUUCUUUGGUGCCAAUCAGACCACUAAUAUCACCCCUUUCCUUGGAGUUGGAGGAGGAGGUUCAAGCAACAAGGAUGCCAUCAUCGGAGGGGUCGUUGGAGGUGGAGGAUGCCUUCUGCUUAUAGUUGGACUGGUUUUAUGGUAUCACCGAUCAAGAAAGGCAAAAGCAACUUCAAGAGGUGAAAUAAUAGGGGCAAGCGAGCUGCAGGGACCUACGACUUUCAGCUACAAAGAUUUGAAAUCUGCCACAAAUAAUUUCAGUAAUGAAACCAAACUAGGAGAAGGAGGGUUUGGUGAUGUAUAUAAGGGAACUCUGAAGAAUGGGAAUGUAGUUGCAGUGAAGAAGCUAGUCAUGGAAACCAGUAGAGCAAAGGCGGAUUUCGCAACUGAAGUGAAGCUAAUUAGUAACGUUCAUCAUCGGAAUCUCCUCCGGCUGCUAGGUUGUAGCACCAAAGGGCCCGAUUUACUACUCGUCUACGAUUAUAUGGAAAAUGGAAGCCUUGACCAGUUCUUAUAUGGCGAAAUGCGCGGGACCUUGAACUGGAACCAGCGGUUCGACAUAAUAUUUGGCACAGCCAGGGGUCUUGCCUAUCUACAUGACCAAUUCCAUGUCACUAUCAUACAUAGAGAUAUAAAGUGCAGCAAUAUUCUGCUGGAUCAUGAGCUCCAGCCCAAAAUCGCUGAUUUCGGGCUGGCAAGGCUUCUACCUGAGGGUCAGAGCCAUCUCAGCACCAAGUUUGCUGGAACACUGGGAUAUACUGCACCAGAAUAUGCAAUCCAUGGACAGUUGACUGAGAAGGUUGAUACCUACAGCUUCGGCAUAGUCGUCCUCGAAAUUAUUAGCGGUCGGAAGUGUAGUGAAACCAAGACUGUCGAAGACGAACCAGUUGCGGAGUAUCUCCUUGAACAGGCAUGGAAGCUGUACGAGAAUGAUUUGCACUCGAAGCUGGUAGACGAGAUCUUAGUAGUCUCGGAUGGGUACACAGAAGAAGCUGCAAAGAAAAUCAUAGAGCUUGCCUUGAUGUGCACUCAGACGCCGGCUUCUUCUCGACCCUCCAUGUCCGAAGUUGUUAUGCUUCUAAGCGAUCGCUCAAUGGAUCUCACCAUGCGGCCCGGAAGGCAUGCUUUCAUGGACAAGGAUAAGAAGAUUCGCAACGACGCAUCUACUACUCCCGACUCAUCAACUUCCAAUGCCACUGCUUCUUUCACAGAGUUCUCCGGUCGCUAGGUUUGCGUAGAAUUCUUGGCGAUAUCACGUCAUUACUUGCAAGUGCUAAAUAUCUAUAAUUAGUACGUGUGCAUUUAGGGAAAAACUGAUAUGAUUGCUCUCUAUUUGGUUUGUACGUUGUUAUAGUUAAUCGUGAUACCAUUGCUCUUUUAUGCAUUUGGAAUGGUGUAAUAUACUCCUCAAGAAGUUUAAAUUUUGAGGAGAAUAUAUACGUAUUAUUGGUGGUUGUUCCCGAAA